CUCUCGGUUGGCUGCGGUGGCGCCGCGGGCGGGGCCGCGCCUUCACCGUGAGGUGCGGGAGGGCCCCGGCUGCCACCGCCGCCGCCGGUUCCGGGUCCGCGGGGGAGAAGCCGCGGAGGGCGAUGGCUUCUAUAGGUGCUGGUGCAAAAACAGCGUAGCAAUGGAUCAAAGAAAAAAUGAUAGUUUUGUCCCAAGUAUCACGCAGCUGGAAGAUUUCCUGACAGAGCAUGACUCCAACGUGGUUUGGCUGUUAGUAGCAACAAUAUUGUCCUGCGGAUGGAUUAUCUACCUAACUUAUUAUAAUUCCCGGAACAUUGGACUCAUUUUAACAUUGGUUCUUAACAGAUUAUAUAAACAUGGCUACAUCCAUAUUGGCUCCUUUUCAUUUUCUGUGCUGUCUGGAAAAGUCAUGGUGCGUGAAAUCUAUUUCAUCACAGAGGACAUGUCCAUCAGAAUUCAAGAUGGAUUUAUCAUUUUUCGCUGGUGGAAGAUGUACAACCCUAAGCAGAAGCAGCACGAUCCAAAGGCAGAAACUCGACUGUAUAUUAUGGUGAAUGACUUUGAAUUUCACGUGUAUAACCGCUCUGAGCUUUAUGGACAACUUCAAGAGCUGUUUGGCUUGGAUCCCACAAUAAUUCCAGCAAAGAAAGAUGAUGAGAGAGCACAAGUAAAUGGGAGGCAGAGAACACACGCCAAUCUUGAAAGUGUUAAAGUAAAAGCAGAAUCUCAAGACCCCUCUUCUUCAUGGAGGUCACUUAUUCCAGUCAUUAAAGUCAAUGUGAGCACGGGUCGCUUGGCAUUUGGGAAUCAUUAUCAGCCCCAAACACUUUGCAUUAAUUUUGAUGAUGCCUUUUUGACGUACACCACGAAACCACCUUCAAGCCACCUUGAUCAGUUCAUGCACAUUGUGAAGGGAAAAUUGGAAAAUGUUCGAGUCAUGCUGGUUCCAAGUCCAAGAUAUGUUGGUCUUCAAAAUGAUGAACCACCAAGGCUGAUGGGUGAAGGUUUUGUUGUAAUGCAGUCCAAUGAUGUUGAUAUCUAUUACUAUAUGGAUGAACCAGGUCUUGUACCGGAGGAGACAGAGGAGAGUAAUGAUGGAGAAGCCAGCAACGAAGACAGCAAAUUACAGGACCUGCCACCAUGCUGGGGUUUGGACAUUGUGUGUGGAAAAGGGACAGACUUCAACUACGGGCCUUGGGCUGAUAGGCAGAGGGAUUGCUUGUGGAAGUUUUUCUUCCCACCAGACUACCAAGUUAUGAAAGUCUCAGAAAUUGCUCAGCCUGGGAAACCAAGACAGAUCCUUGCUUUUGAGCUGCGAAUGAAUAUCAUUGCAGAUGCCACCAUUGAUUUGCUUUUUACCAAGAACAGGGAAACGAACGCUGUACAUGUAAAUGUUGGUGCAGGAUCCUAUUUGGAAAUAAAUAUUCCCAUGACAGUGGGUGAAAAUGGCUAUUCACCUACAAUUAAAGGGCAGCUCCUCCACGUGGAUGCCACCAGCAGCAUGCAGUACAGGACUCUCUUGGAAGCAGAAAUGCUGGCUUUCCAUAUCAAUGCCAGCUAUCCCCGGAUAUGGAACAUGCCACAGACCUGGCAGUGCGAGCUGGAGGUUUAUAAAGCAACCUAUCAUUUCAUCUUUGCUCAGAAGAGCUUCUUUGCAGAUUUGAUCCAAGACUGGUCCAGUGACAGCGCACCUGAUAUUUUUUCAUUUGUUCCAUAUAUGUGGAACUUCAAAGUCAUGUUCCAUCAGUUUGAAAUGAUCUGGGCAGCAAAUCAGCACAACUGGAUUGACUGUUCCACCAAACAACAGGAGAAUGUUUAUCUAGCAGCUUGUGGAGAAACCCUGAACAUUGUUUUUUCUCUGCCUUUCACUGACUUUGUUCCAACCACAUGCAAUACUAGAUUCUCCUUAAGGGGAGAAGAUGUUGAUCUUCAUUUGUAUCUACCCGAUUGCCAUCCUAGUAAAUAUUCCCUUUUUAUGCUGGUAAAGGAUUGUCAGCCCAAUAAAAUAAGUCCUGAGUCUUGUAUUUCUGCAGAGUGUCAAAGUGGUCAGAAAACGGGCAAACCCAAAUGGAGGAACAUUACUCAAGAAGAGGCUGGAUGGGUUGAAUGCUGGACAGUCCCAAGUGUUGUGUUUACAAUUGACUACUCCUGGCACCCAAUUUAUCCUCAGAAGGCAGAUGAGCAGUUAAAGCAAUCCUUGUCAGAAAUGGAAGAAACCAUGUUGUCUGUGCUAAGGCCAUCACAGAAAACUGGCGACAGUGUGAUUUCAUCUCCCACAGCUUCCACCCGCCUUCCCCUGGACCCCUCGGAGCUGCCCCCGGAUAAGCUCCACGUGGAGCUGGAACUCUCCCCAGAUUCCCAGAUAACCCUGUAUGGACCCUUGCUCAAAGCCUUUCUCUCCAUCAAGGAAAAUUAUUUUGGGGAAGAUGACAUGUACACUGAUUUUGAGGAGGUUAUUUCAAGCCCUGUUUUGUCUCUGUCAACAUCCUCAAGCUCUGGCUGGACAGCUGUAGGAGUGGAGAAUGACAGAAAAGAAAAUGAAAUUUCAGUCAAGCCUGUUCACCCUCUUACUUUACGUCCAUGGGAUAUCACUGUGCUUGUUAAUUUGUACAAAGUGCAUGGGAGAUUGCCAGUGCAUUGCAGUCCAGAUGGUCCAGACUGCCCUACAGCUUUCUUGGAGAGGCUGUGUUUCGAGAUGAAGAAAGGGUUUAGAGAAACAAUGCUUCAGCUUGUAUUGUCUCCAGUGAAUCUCUUUCUGAAUGACAAUUAUCAGCGCCCUGCAGUGGACGAGGUGCUCCGGGAGGGUCACAUCAGCCUGUCGGGCCUGCAGCUCCGUGCCCAUGCCAUGUUUUCCGCGGAAGGGCUGCCCCUGGGAAGUGACACUUUGGAAUACGCCUGGCUGAUAGAUGUGCAGGCUGGAAGCCUCACAGCCAAAGUGACAGCACCACAGCUCGCCUGUCUUCUGGAAUGGGGGCAGACCUUUGUGUUCCACGUGGUGUGCCGGGAGUUUGAGCUGGAGAGGCCCAAAUCUGUAAUCCUGUGCCAGCACGGCAUCGAUCGCCGCUUCUGUGACCCAAAGACGAACUCUGUGCCUGGGCCAUGCCCAGCGUCUGAUGACUUAAAGUACACGAUGACGCGCUUAGCCAUGGAUGGAGCAGAUCUCUAUGUGGUAGAACAUGGCUGUGCCACCAAUAUCAAGAUGGGUGCCAUACGCAUUGCAAACUGCAACCUCCACAACCAGUCUGUCGGGGAAGGCAUCAGUGCUGCCAUCCAGGACCUGCAGCUCAGGCAAUACGUCGAGCAGGUGAACAACUGCAGAACUGGCCUCCAGCCAAUACUGAGGAGGGCAUACUGGCUGGAAGCUGGCUCUGUCAACCUGGGCCUCAUCACUGCUGACAUUGCUUUAGCUGCAGAUCAUCCUUCUAAACACGAGGUGCAGAGGCAUUUCUUGGAAACGCAUGAUAACCGAACCAAGAGGUUGUGGUUUUUGUGGCCUGAUGAUAAUUUGAGAAAUAAGAGAAGCAAGAACAAGUGUGGCUGUCUCGGAGGCUGUCGAUUCUUCGGUGGCACCUUAACAGGACUGGAUUUUUUCAAACUUGAAGAACUGACACCUUCAAGCAGCUCUGCUUUCUCAAGCACAAGUGCAGAAUCUGAUAUGUUUUAUGGGCAGUCCUUACUGCAGCCAGGAGAAUGGAUAAUAACAAAGGAGAUUCCUAAAAUUUUAGAUGGUAAAGCAAAUGGUGUCAAAAGAAAAGACUGGGACUGCAGAUCUGUGGGGAUAGAAGUGGAAAGGAAAGCGCAACACCUGAGCCUCCAAGUGCCGCUGCGCUCCCACAGCUCCUCCUCCUCUUCAGAGGAAACAAGCAGCUCCAGUGCUGCCCUGCCCUUGCUUGCAGGGGAGAAGGACAGCCCCUCAUCCACUGCUGAGGAUCACCUGGGACAGAAGGAGUUCCUGCCCAGUGCAAAAAGGGAAGAUGCUCAUGGAAGUGUGACGGUGGAGGGUGCAGAGGGCCGGCCUGCAUCCCCUGGCCCCCAGGAGAGGCCCGUGGGCCAGUCCCCUAUGAGGUCCCCCCUGAAGAGACAAGCGUCCGUGUGCUCCACGCGGCUGGGCAGCACCAAGAGCCUGACGGCAGCGUUCUACGGGGACAAGCAGCCCGUCCCUGUGGGAGUGCAGUUCAGCAGCGACGUGUCCCGCAGCGACGAGAACGUCCUGGACUCCCCAAAGCAGAGGAGGAGCUUUGGCUCUUUCCCCUACACGCCGUCAGCAGAUUCAAACUCGUUCCACCAGUACCGCUCCAUGGAUUCCAGCAUGUCCAUGGCGGAUAGCGAGGCUUAUUUUUCAGCUGCAGAAGAGUUUGAGCCAAUAAGCAGUGAUGAAGGUCCAGGAACCUAUCCAGGGAGGAAGAAGAGAAAAAAGCAAGCUCAGAAAGCUGAAUACAGUAGGGGGUCUAUUUAUCACAGCGUGGAAGGACCCUUAACAAGCACAAUCCAUAGAGAAAUCAGUCAAGACAUGAAAACAUUGCCAAUUAAGACUCAUCCUUCCCAGGCUUCAUUUGUUUCAGCUCUGGGAGGAGAUGAUGAACACGUUGACAACAUGUACAUCCUGGACUCUGAGAAGACUGUGGAACGUGAGCAAAUCACUUCCCAGCAACCUGUAAUGGCAUGUUACCAAAAUUACCUGACACAGUUCCAGGUGACCAACUGGUCAGUAAAGCAUCCAACUAACAAAAGAACUUCCAAAUCCUCGUUGCAUCGCCCUUUAGAUCUUGACACACCAACGAGUGAGGAAAGUUCCUCAUCUUUUGAGCAACUCUCUGUCCCAACUUUUAAGAUUGUUAAACAGGGUCUCACAGCUAAUUCAUUACUGGACAGAGGCAUGCAGCUUACAGGAUCAACAUCUAACACACCUUACACUCCCUUGGAUAAGAAGUCUGCAGAGAAUACGGAUGAUGAAACAAUAACAGAGGAAUGGACGUUGGAUCACCCGGUCUUCCAGACACGGACAACGGCAAUCGUGGAAGUAAAAGGAACUGUAGAUGUAGUUCUCACUCCUCUUGUAGCAGAGGCACUGGACAGGUACAUCGAGGCCAUGGUGCACUGUGCCAGCUCCCGGCACCCAGCAGCAAUCGUGGAUGACCUGCACUGCAAAGUCCUGAGGGAUGCUGUGCAGAACAGCAAGACCAGCUUCUCAGAAAAUUUGUCUUCGAAGCAAGACAUCAGAGGAACAAAAAUAGACACCACCACAACAGGAACAACAAACCAGGGACCAGCACAGACCAAUCUCUCACUUAAGCAAGAUAAUGUGACAAUUAAAGGUCUUCAGGCCAAUGUUACAGUUCCAAAGGUGAACCUGUGUUUGCUACAAGCAUCUGUGGAUGAAUCCCCAGGAGUUUCUUCCAGCAAAACAGUGACUCACGUUUCUCUGGUAGCUUUGUGUUUUGAUAGAAUUGCAACUCAAGUUCGUAUGAACAGGGGUAUAGUUGAGGAGACUUCGAACAAUGCAGAAACUGGGAGGAAUUCUGUCACGUUUGAGCGUUACAUUCAAACCAGCAAAAUGCAGCCUCAGUCUUCUGGCUCACUGAGAUCCAAUUCUGGAGCAGAAAAAGGAAAAGAAAUUGCUGCUAAAUUGAACAUACAUCGUGUUCAUGGACAGCUGAGAGGUCUUGAUACAACAGAUAUUGGAACUUGUGCAAUAACAGCAAUUCCUUUUGGGAAAUCAAAAGUACUUUUUACUUUGGAAGAGUUGGAUGAGUUCACUUUUGUGGAUGAAACAGAUCAACAAGCUGUUCCAGAUGUAGCUCGAAUUGGUCCUAGUCAAGAGAAGUGGGGUUGGAUAAUGUUUGAGUGUGGAAUUGAAAAUUUAACUAUAAAAGGGGGAAGACAGUCUGGGGCAGUGCUGUAUAACACAUUUGGAGUAAUGGGCAAAUCAAGAGAGACAGAGAGAGGUGGAUUGCUUGCAUCAAACAACUCUUCAGAUUCCCCCACUGGUAGUGGUUACAACACUGAUGUAUCUGAAGAUAACCUCCCUUGUGACAGAAUAAGUCCCUCUUCAGAUAUUAAUGGAAAUUCAGUUUCAGAUGAGCAGGAUGAAGGUGUUGAAUCAGAUGAUCUGAAAAAAGAUAUCCCCUUGAUGCCUCCUCCUCCUGACUCCUGCAGCAUGAAGUUGACAAUCAAAGAAAUUUGGUUUAGUUUUGCAGCUCCCACCAAUGUGCGCUCCCCAGCCCAUAUAUAUUCAAGGCAGCUGAAUCUCCUGAGCACUGCCACGCCUGCAGUUGGUGCUUGGCUUGUUCCCAUUGAUCAAGUGAAAUCAUCAUUAAAUAAGCUGGAAACUGAAGGGACCCUUCGAAUCUGUGCUGUUAUGGGGUGCAUUAUGACGGAAGCUCUAGAGAAUAAAAGUGUGCAUUUCCCUCUGAGAAGCAAAUACAACAGGCUUACCAAAGUGGCUCGUUUUUUGCAAGAAAAUCCCUCUUGUUUACUCUGUAAUAUAUUGCACCAUUACCUUCAUCAAGCAAAUUACUCCAUUAUUGAGGAUGCCACAAUGAGUGAUGGCCUUCCUGCCUUAGUGACCUUAAAGAAAGGUCUGGUUGCCUUAGCAAGGCAGUGGAUGAAGUUCAUUGUGGUCACCCCAGCCUUUAAAGGAGUCAGCUUGCACAGACCAACCCAGCCAAUGAAGCUGCAGCCAAAUGCCUGCCACGAGCAUGAGGAUGGCCUUGGACUGGACAACGGAGGGGGCCUUCAGAGUGACACGAGUGCUGAUGGAGCAGAGUUUGAAUUUGACGCAGCUACUGUGAGUGAGCACACAAUGCUCCUGGAAGGAACAGCCAAUCGCCCUCCCCCUGCCAGUGCCUCCUCUGGGCCUGUCACUGGUGCUGAGAUCAUGAGGAAGUUGUCCAAGACUCACACUCACAGUGACUCUGUGCUGAAAAUCAAGGGCAUCCAUCCAUAUCAUUCCUUGAGUUACACCAGUGGAGAUACAGCUACGGAUUCACCAGUGCAUGUUGGCCGUUCAGGAAUGGGAGUCAGGGAAAGCCCAAGGAAAGAAAGUCUGCUCAGCUAUCUCACUGGGAGCUUUCCUAGCCUGCACAAUCUUUUGGAAGGGACUCCUCAAAGAAGUUCAACUGCAGUUAAAAGUAGUUCUUUAACAAGAACAGGAAAUACUGUGGCCACAGACAUGUUGUCUGAGCACCCUUUGCUCUCUGAGCCCUCCUCUGUGAGUUUCUAUAACUGGAUGUCCAAUGCUGUGGGAAACAGGGGAAGUGUCGUGCAGGAAAGUCCGGCCAUCAAGCCUGGGCACAACAGCCUUCCAACAGGUGUGGCACCCAAUCUUCCUACUAUCCCCUCUGCUUCAGACUUCAACACUGUUCUGUCCAGUGACCAGAACACCCUGGAUGGCACCCACUCGCAGCACAGCACCAGCCAGGAUGACAUUGCAGGAGUGGAAGAGGGCAACCAGGGCUUUCCUGCUGUCCAGCUGGCAGAUGCACAGGUUGUUUUCAAACCUUUGCUAAGUUACACGGGAAUUCAGUCGCAGGAUGCGAUGCCCCUGUGCUACAGGAUGUACUUUGGAGAGUACCUCUCUUUCUCAGGAACUCUGGACUGCCUCAGAGCAGAUAUUGUUGAUUCAGACACAGCAAAGGAGAGGAAAAGCAAGCGAGCCCGAAGGCAAGGAGCAGUCAAUCUUCCUCCUCUGGAAUUCAAACCAGCUUUGAUGUUGGAAACUUUUAGCAUUAGCGCUGUGGUGAUGGAGAAAUCCAUGUGCACCCCUCACAACUCCACCAACGCCCUCUCCUUCCACGACUUGAACAAGCGCUAUUACAACACCUUCCACUGCAACUUCACCAUUUCCUGCCAGUCCAUCAGCCAGCACGUGGACAUGGCCCUGGUGCGGCUCAUCCACCAGUUCAGCACCAUGAUCGAUGACAUCAAGGCCACGCAGACAGACAUCAAACUGAGCAGGUACACGGCUGGCUCCGCCUCCCCGACCCCCACCUUCAAAACCCGCAAGCACAGGGACUUCCGCUCCUCGGAUUUCAGCCGCAGCUCCCGGGGCAGCCUCAACGGGGGCACCAGGGUGAACAACACCAAGAACAAGAGAGCAAACAACGACAACAACAAGAAGGAGUCUCGCAACAAGAAUUCCCUGGGGAGGUCGGAGCGAAGGACUUCCAAAGUGUCCAGGAAAGGCUCCAAAGAUGUGGUUGACCACGUGACGAUCCAUAUGGAUGACUCCGACUCCAUUACCGUGUCGGAACAGAGCGAGCCCUCUGCGGAGUGCUGGCAAAAUAUGUAUAAGCUACUGAACUUCUAUUCACUCAUUUCUGAUCCAACUGGCAUCUUAGAAAAGUCUUCUGAAACUUUUGGGCCAACAGGUGUUCGAAGUCCCACUGAGCCUGCCUGCAGGGUGGUGUUUGAGAAUGAGCAGGACAACGGGCGGAAGCGCAGCCUGGUGACCUCGGAGCCACAGCACGUGACCCUCAUCGUCUUUGGGAUAGGGAUGGUGAACAGGACCCACCUGGAAGCUGACAUUGGCGGCCUCACCAUGGAGUCUGAGCUGAAGAGAAUCCAUGGCAGCUUCACCCUGAAAGAGAAAAUGAAAGAUGUGCUACACCAAAAGAUGACUGAGACGUGUGCCACUGCUCACAUAGGAGGUGUCAAUAUCGUCCUGUUGGAAGGAAUUACCCCAAAUAUCCAACUGGAGGAUUUUCCUACAUCUCCUACAAGCACAGCCAAACAAGAGUUUCUAACUGUGGUGAAGUGCAGCAUUGCCAAAUCCCAGGCCCUGUACAGCGCCCAGAGGGGGCUGAAAACCAACAACGCGGCCGUGGUGAAGGUGGGGGCCAUCAGCAUCAACAUCCCGCAGCACCCGGCCACGCUGCACAGCAUGAUGGUGCGCAGCUCCCACCAGCUCUCCAAGCAGAUCUCCGACCUCAUCCGGCAGCCCUCCACCGCGCCCCAGCCAGCCAAAGAAGAUGUGGCCACUCCUCUGCCCUCUGAGAAGACUCCAACGAGCAUCAAUCAAACACCGGUUGAAACGAAUGAGUUCCCACAGCUGCCAGAAGGCUUGGAAAAGAAGCCCAUAGUGCUGAAGUUCAGUGCCAUGAUAGAUGGGAUUGCCAUCGGAGCAGCGCUCCUGCCCUCCCUGAAGGCGGAAUACAAGAUGGGAAGAAUGAGGAGUCAUGGAAUGACAGGUGCCCAAACCAGAUUUAAUUUUGAGCUUCCAAACCACAGACUGCGCUUCACUUCAAAAGUUUCUGCCACUGACAUGUCAACCAUUCCUCCUUCGGCCAGUCUCAACCUGCCUCCUGUCACCAUGUCAGGGAAAUAUGUCAUGGAAGAGCAUGACACUUACUCUGACCAGAUCUGGAGCAUCGAUGAGCUCCCUGCCAAGCAAGGCUACUACCUGCAGGGCAACUACCUGCGCUGUGUGGCUGAGGUUGGCUCAUUCGAACAUAAUCUCACAACUGACCUUUUAAACCAUUUAGUAUUUGUGCAAAAAGUGUUCAUGAAGGAAGUAAAUGAGGUCAUACAGAAGGUUUCAGGAGGGGAGCAGCCAAUACCUCUUUGGAAUGAACAUGAUGGCACAACAGAUGGAGAUAAACCAAAAAUUCUUCUUUACUCAUUGAGCCUUCAGUUUAAGGGAAUUCAGGUGACAGCUACAACUCCCUCGAUGCGUGCUGUGAGGUUUGAAACAGGGUUGAUAGAACUUGAGCUCUCCAACAGACUGCAAACCAAAGCAAUGCCUGGAAAUAGCAGCUACCUCAAACUGUUUGGAAAAUGCCAGGUGGAUUUGAAUCUGGCACUGGGACAGAUUGUUAAACAUCAGGUUUAUGAAGAAGCUGGAUCAGACUUCCAUCAAGUUGCCUAUUUCAAGACAAGAAUUGGAUUAAGAAAUGCUCUCCGAGAAGAAAUCAGUGGCUCAUCAGACAGGGAAGCUGUACUCAUUACUCUGAACAGACCCAUUGUUUUUGCCCAGCCCGUGGCCUUUGACAGAGCUGUGCUAUUCUGGCUGAACUACAAGGCAGCGUACGACAACUGGAAUGAGCAGAGAAUGGCUUUGCAUAAAGAUAUUCAUAUGGCCACGAAAGAAGUGGUGGAUAUGCUGCCUGGAAUCCAGCAAACCUCUGCACAGGCUUUUGGGACCCUGUUCCUUCAGCUGACUGUCAAUGACUUAGGAAUUUGCCUGCCCAUCACUAACACACCCCAGUCUAACCACUCUGCAGAUCUCGACACUGGCUCUGCUUUAGUCCUGACUAUUGAAAGCACACUCAUCACUGCCUGCUCCUCAGAGUCUUUAGUUAGCAAAGGUCAUUUUAAAAACUUCUGCAUCCGCUUUGCUGAUGGCUUUGAGACAAGUUGGGAUGACUGGAAACCAGAAAUAAGAGGAGAUCUAGUCAUGAAUGCAUGUGUUGUGCCAGAUGGUACCUAUGAAGUGUGUUCUAGGACAACAGGCCAAGCUGCAGCAGAAAGUAGCAGUGCAGGAACAUGGACACUAAAUGUGUUGUGGAAGAUGUGUGGUAUUGAUGUCCACAUGGAUCCAAACAUUGGGAAAAGACUGAAUGCUUUGGGCAAUACCCUCACAACAUUGACAGGAGAGGAAGAUAUUGAUGACAUUGCUGACCUCAACUCUGUGAACAUAGCUGACCUUUCAGAUGAGGAUGAAGUUGACACCAUGUCUCCCACUAUACAUGCAGAGAUCGUUGAUCACCGGCGGCAGGGAGCUUCCAGUAUCCAAACUGGAGAACAGCGAGGAAGGAAAUUUAUGAAGCGUUUGGUUGAUAUUAGAGAGCUCAAUGAGCAAGCGAAAGUCAUUGAUGACCUAAAGAAAUUAGGUGCAAGUGAAGGGACCAUAAACCAAGAAAUUCAACGCUAUCAGCAGCUGGAGUCGGUGGCUGUGAAUGACAUCCGCAGAGACGUCCGCAAAAAGCUCCGUAGAUCCAGCAUGAGGGCUGCCUCCUUGAAAGACAAGUGGGGUCUGAGCUACAAACCCAGCUACAGCCGGUCGAAGAGCAUUUCGGCAUCAGGGAGGCCACCUCUGAAGAGAAUGGACAGAACAAGCUCUCGACUGGGAGACAGUGAAGACCUCCCAGAUAUCCGUGUGGAUGCUGCAUCCCCUGGGCCAAGAGUAACCUUCAACAUACAAGAUUCUUUGAAUCAAACAGCUUUGGGGAUUGCACAACAAUCCAGCUGUCCAGGGGAAGGGUAUUUUCAGUUUCCAGAGGAGACAGAAAUGGACCUUUUGUCCGUAACUAUUGAUGGUCCCUCCCAUUACUCAUCUACUAGUGAAGGCUCAUGCUCGGUAUUUGGUUCACCCAAAACUCCAGCUGUCUUCUCACCCGGCAUUCCCUUCCAGCCUGAAGAAGGACGCCGGGAUGACAGCUUAUCCUCCAGCAGUGAGGACUCGGAGAAGGAGGAUGACCAUGAAAGGGAGAGGACGUAUUUUUAUAGGAAACCACCGAGCACCUCUCGAAAGAAAGCCACAGGCUUUGCUGCUGUGCACCAGCUGUUCACUGAGCGCUGGCCAACGACGCCCACCAACAGGAGUGUCACUGGCACCACCACGGAGAGAAACAUUGACUUUGAGCUUGAUAUUAGGGUUGAAAUUGAUUGUGGGAAGUGUGUGCUGCAUCCCACAAUGCUCCAGCAAGAGCAUGAUGACAUCAGUUUACGAAGGAGCUAUGAUCGGAGUUCCAGAAGUUUGGAUCAAGAGUCUCCUUCAAAAAAGAAGAAAUUUCAAACUAAUUAUGCAUCUACUACUCACUUACUUGCUGGCAAGAAAGUGCCAUCAUCUCUGCAGACAAAAUCCAGUGAUGUGGAAACAACAGUAUUUUAUAUUCCUGGGGUGGAUGUAAAGUUGCACUACAACUCCAAGACUCUAAAGACUGAAUCGCCAAACACUUCUCGAGGAUCCUCUUUGCCACGCACCCUUUCCAAAGAGUCCAAGCUGUAUGGUAUGAAAGAUACUGCCACAUCUCCUCCUCUCUCUAGCACUGUCCACAGCAAGACUAACACCUUACUUCCUCCCCAACCCCCACCCAUCCCAUCAGCCAAAGGGAAAGGAAGUGGUGGAGUGAAAACUGCUAAACUCUACGCAUGGGUUGCGCUCCAGUCACUGCCAGAGGAGAUGGUGAUCAGCCCCUGCCUCUUGGACUUCCUGGAGAAAGCCCUUGAAACCAUUCCCAUCACACCCAUUGAAAGGAAUUACACAGCUGUUAGUUCCCAGGAUGAAGACAUGGGGCAGUUUGAUAUACAAGAUCCCUUGGAAGAGUCCACAACAUCCUUGGUGUCAUCCUCAACAUCAGCAUAUUCCUCCUUCCCUGUAGAUGUGGUGGUUUAUGUACGAGUCCAGCCUUCUCAAAUCAAGUUCAGCUGCUUGCCAGUAUCCAGAGUUGAAUGUAUGCUGAAGUUGCCUUCCCUGGAUCUUGUUUUCUCUUCCAACCGAGGAGAACUGGAAACUUUAGGUACAACAUACCCAUCAGAAAGUGUGUCCAUUGGUGGCAGUACUCCACAGAGUGGCUCAAAGAAUUCAGCUAGUAAAUCUGGAGCGCCAGGUUCAUCACCUGGCCUUGGCAGCCCUCUGGGUAGGACGAGGCACAGCAGUAGUCAGUCAGAUCUGACUACUUCCAGCAGCAGCUCUUCAGGCCUGAGCUUUACUGCCUGCAUGUCUGACUUCUCCCUUUACGUGUUCCAUCCCUACGGAGCUGGAAAACAAAAAUCAGCUGUUACUGUGCUAACCCCUGGAUCAGGAGCCUUGGGGAACGUGGAUGAGGAGCCAACUUCGGUCACUGGCCGGAAGGACUCCCUGAGCAUCAACCUGGAGUUUGUGAAAGUCAGCUUGUCACGGAUCAGGCGAUCGGGAGGCUCCUCCUUUUUUGAGAGUCAGUCUGCGAGCAAAGCUACCAGCAAGAUAGACACCACAUUGAUCAACAUAUCUGCUGUCUGUGACAUAGGAUCUGCUUCUUUCAAAUACGACAUGCGCCGCCUCAGUGAGAUCCUGGCCUUUCCCAGGGCUUGGUACAGGAGAAGCAUUGCUAGAAGGCUUUUCCUGGGUGAUCAGACAAUAAAUCUGCCAGUAGCAUCAGGCCCUGGCACACCAGAUUCAAUUGAAGGAGUGAGCCAGCACCUUUCUCCUGAAUCCUCAAGGAAAGCAUACUGUAGGACAUGGGAGCAGCCCUGCCAGUCUGCUUCCUUCACUCACAUGGCACAGUCCCCCAAUGUUUUCAGUGAGCACAGUGCCAGCAGCAGUAUGUCACCUGGCACAGCAUCUCACAGCCUCAAGUCUCCAGCUGUCACAAGAUCCAGGAGCGUGUCUGACUCCUCAGUGCCUCAGAGAGAUACUAUCUCAAAAACAUCAACUCCAUUUAAUAAGUCAAAUAAAGCUGGAAGCCAGCAAGGAACACCAUGGGAAACACUGGUUGUGUUUGCUAUGAACCUGAAACAAUUAAAUGUUCAGAUGAAUAUGAGCAAUGUAAUGGGCAAUACUACGUGGACCACCAGUGGUUUGAAAAGUCAGGGCCGUCUGUCUGUGGGCAGUAGCAGAGAUCGGGAAAUCAGCAUGUCUGUGGGCUUGGGAAGAUCCCAACUGGACUCCAGAGGGGGAGUUGUUGGAGGUACCAUAGAUGUUAACACCCUGGAGAUGGUGGCUCAUAUUUCUGAACACCCAAACCAACAGCCCAAUCAUAAAAUUGAGAUUACUAUGGGUUCUACUGAAGCACGUGUUGACUACAUGGGAUCCAGUAUCCUAAUGGGAAUCUUCAGUAAUGCUGAUCUUAAACUGCAGGAUGAAUGGAAAAUUAAUCUGUAUAAUAAUCUGGAUUCAAGCAUGACUGAUAAAAGUGAGAUAUUUGUCCACGGGGACUUGAAAUGGGAUAUCUUCCAAGUGAUGAUUUCAAGGUCGACUACGCCAGACCUGAUAAAAAUAGGAAUGAAACUCCAGGAGUUCUUCACUCAGCAGUUUGAUACAAGCAAACGAGCGCUGUCCACGUGGGGACCUGUUCCUUAUCUCCCUCCCAAGACAGUGGCAAACAACUUGGAGAAAACCUCACAUGAGCAAUUGUUGGAUGCAGCCCAUCAUCGCCACUGGCCAGGAGUUCUGAAGGUGGUAUCUGGGUGCCACAUAUCCCUAUUCCAGAUGCCACUGCCAGAAGAUGGGAUGCAGUUUGGAGGAUCCAUGAGCCUGCAUGGGAACCACAUGACCCUGGCUUGUUUUCAUGGACCUAAUUUCCGCUCAAAAUCAUGGGCCUUAUUUCACCUGGAAGAACCCAAUAUUGCGUUUUGGACAGAAGCCCAGAAAGUUUUGGAAGAUGGUACCAGUGAACACUCCACUUACAUUGUUCAAACCCUGGACUUUCAUUUGGGCCAUAACACCAUGGUCACCAAGCCCUGUGGGGCCCUGGAAAGCCCCAUGGCCACCAUCACAAAGAUAACGCGGCGCCGCCACGAAAACCCCCCCCAUGGAGUUGCCAGCGUGAAGGAGUGGUUCAAUUAUGUGACAGCCACGAGGAAUGAAGAGUUGAACCUGCUGCGGAAUGUUGAUGCCAACAACCCAGAGAGCAGCACAACAGUGAAAAGCUCAAGCUUGUUAAGUGGCUUCAGGGGUGGCUCCAGUUACAACCAUGAAACUGAAACCAUCUUUGCAUUGCCAAGGAUGCAGCUGGAUUUUAAAUCUAUUCAUGUUCAAGAGCCCCAAGAGCCUUCAUUACAAGAUACAAGUGUUAAACCAAAGGUGGAAUGCAGUGUGGUAACUGAAUUUACAGACCACAUCUGUGUGACCAUGGAUGCUGAACUGAUCAUGUUUCUUCAUGAUUUGGUGUCUGCUUAUCUAAAAGAAAAAGAAAAAGCAAUUUUUCCUCCUCGUAUUCUGGCUGCUCGUCCAGGGCAGAAGAACUCUGUUGGUGUCCUUGAGGACAGCUCCACUGACAAAGAGUCAGAAGAAAGCAUUACCUACACUACAGUUGACUGGAGGGAGUUUAUGUGCAAUACUUGGCAUUUGGAACCCACGCUCAGAUUAAUAUCCUGGACUGGGAGAAAAAUCGAUCCUGUUGGUGUUGACUACAUCCUCCAAAAGCUUGGCUUUCACCAUGCAAGGACUACUAUCCCUAAGUGGCUGCAGCGUGGCGUCAUGGAUCCUUUGGACAAAGUUUUGUCAGUCCUUAUAAAGAAACUUGGUACUGCACUACAAGAUGAAAAGGAAAGGAAAGGAAAAGACAAAGAAGAAUAUUAAACGUACAAUGUGACAAACCUAACUCCAUUUGAUUUUAUCAAAGUGUUUAUUAUAUUUUAAGAACUUAAAUAUGGUUUAAAGAGAAACCUAACAGCUUUUUGCUACUCUAUUUAAAACUUACAUUGUGAGUAACUGUUUACUGUGGUACUUGAUACCAUUCUGUAUUUGAAGUUAUUGCAUGAUGAUGACCAAUGUACAUUCUGUGAAGGAAUAGCUGGAACACUGUAAAUCUGCUCCUCAGCGUCCAUUUUAUGAUGUGCAAUAUGAUCCUGCAUCUUUACAAUACUUGCAGAUUAACUGUGAAUUUUCUUAAAAUUUUACUUGCCAUAACACAAACCCCUCGUUGAUGUGACCAGUAAUUGAUUUGUCAAUGUAGACUGGUGUAAAUUAUAUAUAUAUAUAUAACUUAUGAAACUGUGAUUGCCUUAGUGCUAAAAAUCAUGAAGUUUAUUACACUUGUAAUAAAAUUUAACUACUGUACAGGA